GUCCUGGCAUUUAUCAUGGCAGUCUUGUUUUUGGGUCCCAAGACCAUGUGAUUGAUAGCGCAAAAUUGUUACCAUACCCUUCAAUACCGUCAGAAAAUGAUCCAUCUACUUUGAUCACCGAAUGUCCUUUGUCGAUUGCUCUUACCGAAUUUCACUUCAUUUUACUGUAUAAAGAACGCGUUAGAGCUAUUUGCCUGUUGAACGAUCAAAUAGUUUAUGAAGAGAUCAUUCCACUCAAAGCGGGAGAGGUGGUUAGAAGUAUGGCCGUAGAUAGUGUUAAAAAUACGUUCUGGAUUUACACGGAUUGUUCCAUAUUUGAGCUUAUCGUAACCAAGGAAGACAGAGAUGUAUGGAAGUUAUAUCUAGAAAAACAACAAUUUGAUAACGCGCUACUAUAUUGCAAGAAUCCUGCUCAACGCGAUGAAGUUCUUAUUACCCAGGCAGAUCAUUACUUUUCCCAAGGUCGAUUCCUUUUGUCAGCAAAUUAUUAUGCUCAAUCCACCGUUCCCUUUGAAGAAGUCGCGCUUAAAUUUGUAGAACGUGAUGAAAGAGAUGCAUUAAGAAACUAUUUAUUGAUUAAAUUGGAAAAACUUCGACGCUCAGACUUGACACAGAAAACAAUGAUUGCUACUUGGCUCGUCGAAAUAUAUCUUAGUAAGAUUAACAUGUAUGAGGAUUUAACAGCAUCGGGUGCUGGCACCGAAGACACUAGUAAUUAUAAAGCUGAACAAGGAGCUUUAGAAGAAGAAUUUAAAAAAUUUCUAGAACAAUUCAAGGCAAAUCUAGACAAGCGAACAACUUACAACCUUAUUGCUAGCCAUGGACGUACAGGAGAGCUCUUGUUUUAUGCUUCAUUAAUUGGCGAUUACGAUAAAGUAAUAUCUCAUUGGAUUCAGGAAAAAGAUUAUAAGCAAGCUUUGGAUAUUCUUAGUAAACAAGCAUCAAUUGAUCUUUAUUAUAAAUUUGCACCAAUUUUAAUGGAAAAUGCACCAUAUGACACUGUUAAUGUCUGGAUGAGACAACCAAAUCUCAAUCCCAGAAACUUAAUGCCUGCAUUAUUGAAAUAUGAUCACUCAAAAGCCCCAGAAGAUACUACUCAAAAUCAGGCUAUAAGAUAUUUGCACUAUGUAGUAACUCAACUUAAUAACACUGAUCCAGCAAUUCACAAUUUUCUUCUUACAUUGUUUGCCACACAACCUACAUCAAAUAAUGACGAAUCUUCUCUGCUGAAAUUUUUGGCGACAGAAGGAAAGGAACCUUAUUAUAACAUGGAUUAUGCAUUACGACUUUGUAGUCAGAAUGGAAAGACACAAAGUUGUGUACAUAUUUAUAGCAAUAUGGGUCUUUUUGAGGAGGCUGUUGACCUUGCUUUAAAGCAUAAUGAUUUGGAACUUGCGAGAAUCAAUGCUGACAAACCAGAUGAUGAUGAACCAUUGCGUAAAAAGCUAUGGCUAAAGAUUGCACGACACGUGGUUGAAAAAAAACAGGAUAUUAAAAUGGCAAUGGAUUAUUUGCAGCAUUGUGAGCUACUUAAAAUCGAAGAUAUUUUGCCCUUUUUCCCUGAUUUUAAUGAAAUAUGUUCCGCUCUUGAAGAGUACAAUACGCACAUCGAAGACUUAAAAUCAGAAAUGGAUGAGGCAACAAAAAGUGCAGAAAGCAUCCGAUUAGAUAUACGAGAGUUGCGAAGUCGAUUUGCAAUAGUUACAUCUGGAGAGAAAUGUUCGUUAUGCGAUUCUCCACUCUUGACAAGGCAAUUUUAUAUAUUUCCAUGUCAACAUGCUUUUCAUGCAGAUUGUUUGAUCCAAGAGGUUACAAAGCAUCUUAGUGCAGGCCAACUUCGCAAAAUCUUAGAUCUCCAAGAUCAAAUAGCGAAGGAAAUAUCUAACUUUAAUCGUGCGCCCGACAAUACAGCACGUGAGCGCCAUGGCUUUGCACCUGGAGGUCUAGAUCGGUUAAGGGGAUUAAUAUUACCAGAUGUUGCUGCACCUAGUGGUGAUGAUGUAGCUGUAGUCGUAUCAAAAGUUGAUCAAUUGAAGGAUGAAUUGGAUGACUAUGUAGCCUCGGAAUGUGUUUUGUGCGGUGAUAUGAUGAUCAAGACUAUCGAAAUGCCUUUUAUUAACGAUGAAGAAAGUGAUCUGCUAUUAUCAUGGGCUAUCUGA